AUGGGGUCGCGCUGUGCCAAGCUCAGCACGGGACACGGUGGCCGGGGCCACGAGUCGUCCAUGAAGAAGCUGGUGGCCUGCGUGAGCCAGGAUAACUUCUCCUUGUCGUCGGAGGAAGAGGAGGAGGACGAGGAGGUGGAGGAGGACGAGGAAGAGGAGGAGGACGAGGAGGUCCCGGUGCAGGGCAAGCUGCUGCUAAUGGAGCCUGAGCAGCAGGAGGAGACAUCGGAGGAGGACACGGUGACCAGCACGCAGAGCCCCGAGCCGCAGCCCAAACGCCCCUGA